AGAAAUUGUAGUAGAAAGGAAAUUUAUUAAAUUUGACAUGCAUUUUAAUUAUAGUUUAUACUUACAUGUGUAGAUAUUUAAAAUGGCUUGGCUCGCCGACCUCGCUGGUAAAGCGGAGACGCUACUCAACAACUUAGACGAGCAGACUGGUGCCGCUCUACGAAGCAAUGGCCCUAGGAGGAGACAUGAAGAGGAGUUUCCCGCACCUAUUGGAAACAGAUCAGCAAGUCCGAAAACACGAUUUCCAACAUCAAGGACACCAUCAGUGAAUGAAGUAAAACCAAAUUAUGGUGCUAGAAAAAUAAUGCUGACUUCUAAACCGUUAGAAAAUGACUAUAAAAAAGAUCUUCCCAGGAGAACUAUGACUAUGAAGGCACUGCCUAAAUCAACUUAUGACAAUGGUCCUGGAACUUUAGUUGGUGGGACUAUGCCUAGUGAAUAUUAUGGAAUCAGACACAGAAGAUCAAGCUUACCAACAAAGAGAGAACUAAUGUAUCAACCAAACUAUGCCUAUAAUAUGAAUGAUGUAAUAGUUGAAAACACUGUAUUGAAAAAUGAACUCAAUGUUGUGCACAAAGAGGUGUCACAGUUGCUUGACAGACUGGGACAGACCGAGGAUGGUAAUGAUGUAGUUAGUGAACAAGAACUAUCAAAAGCCACAGUGAAGCUUAAAACAGCAGAGCAAGUGAGUCAGCAAAACCAAGUGGACAAGUUGUCCCUUUCUGCACAGUUUGAGGAGUUGAAAAUUAAAAUACAUGAGCUAACCGUCACAGAGGUGGAAAGGCAGAAGCUGCAAUGUAAACAGCUGGAGUUGGAAAUUGAGCUGAUGAAGAAUAGAAAUAAGGAGUUGGAAGAACUUGUAAGACAGCUCAACAAAGAAGCUUCCGAACACGAGUCCCACCAAAUGAAAUCCGAGAAAGAUCUGAAACACGCACAAACGACUAUCGACGAACUCCAAUCUAACUUGGAAAAAACUACGGCCGAGUGUAGAAGGCUCGAGGCUGACUGGGAGGCCUACAAGUCCAGGGUCAAGGGUACGCUCGCCGCGAAAGAUAAGGAAAUAAAACAGUUGCAACAGGGGCUCAAUUUGACUGAGGAUACUAAGAUUUUGAUUGAGCAGUUGGAAGUGUUAAAGGCGGAGCGAGAAGAACUAACGGAGUUAGUGGCAAGCGUACGACACGAGAGCAUCGAGACGAAGCGACACGUCGAGGCGCUUGAGUCGCGCUGCGGCGCCGCGGAGCGCGUCGUCGCCGCGCUGCGGGACGCGCUCAAAGACGAACGGACUCUCAAGACGCGCGCCGACUCGCAGGUUGCUGCGCUUACUAAGGAGCUAAAAACCCUCCAAUCCGAAACGAAUGAAACGCUUGUCUCCCUCCACACGGCGCUGCGUGAAAAGGACAACGAGAUAUCCCGUCUGAAAGAGAUAGCUGCGCACAGCGCUGACACUAGCGCCCUCAACGUCGCCGACUACGAUGACCAGGCGAGCAUAGACAAUGAGAAGAUACAUUAUCUGACGCAGACUUUGGUACAGAGGCAGGGGAAGAUUGACUCGUUGCUGGCGGAUAAUAAUAUGCUGAGGAUACAAAUGGAGAAGUUAGAGUGUAAAUACAAGUCAGAGUUAUCGGCCCUCCGAGCUAGAAACUCGCACAGCGUGGUGCAACUCCAGCACGAGGAGCGCUCCCGCCGCGCGCGGCACUCGGGCUUCUUCGGCGGACUGUCGGCGAAGAUCGGACACAUGUUCCGGUACCCGGUGUUCAGGAUGUUCGUGCUGUUCUAUAUGCUGGGUCUUCACUUUUGGGUGAUUACCGUGCUCCUAACAAGUACUCCAGAUGUCUUCAACAUGUCAGGAUUAAGGAAGGGAAGCUUAGAUAGGACUCCUCCAUUCCACACUUAAGGUUAACCUUUCGGGUACUACGUCGCUGUCACUUUGAGACUA